GAAGUAGGUUUGAGCCGGAGUUUCUGGGGUUUCGGAAGCUACGCGACAUUUCCUGGUUGAAUGGGAGUCACGUACCUAAACGGAUUACUUUUUCCGGGUAAGCUGUGAAAUAUUUUUCUGCCAUUUGCAACAUUAACCUAUUUUGAAGAUAUUGUUUUAUGGAAGUGCAAACCUACACUUUUGGCUACGUUCAUUUACGUAUUUAGUGCGCUCUAUUUUUGGAGUGGGGAAAUGUCGACUGUAGCAAUCGUGGACCUUUUUCACUGUCAUUGUCUCGAGCACAAUGUAUGCCUGCAGAAACGCGUCAAGGCGGCGGCAGCUGUCAUAGGCGAAAAUAAGUACAAACGAGUGUAUCUUAUGCUUCAAACGCUAGACCAAAUUGAUACGAGCAGCGUCACAGAUGAUACGCCGGCACAACUAAAGUCCAUACAACUGAAUGAAAACACAUGUGUAUUGGAGCACAGCUCUGUGGUCGCCUCGCUGUAUUGCUUCAAACGAGCAGUGGACGAGCUCGACCAGAGCGCUGUUCUGGUCCUGACAUCCGCCCGUAGGAUAGCGGAGCUGCAGGCCUACCAGGACCACCUGUUUACCGCACUGUACACCUUCGAAUACGCUGCGGUCUUCGACGAGUGUCCGUCCAGCGGAGGCGAACCCCACACCAGCGCCCACGUUGAGGAACAAGUUGCCACUUUCUUACGCCAGCUGCCGGCUCUCAAAGGGGAGAUUUCUGUGCUCAGGUCCUCCUUAAUCUCAGAUUGUUUCUCUCAUGGCUUCAGCUCCAGGACAGGGGGAAUCUCCUACCUCCCUACCCUCAGUGCCCUCAACCUCUUCUGCAGCUCCCAGCGGAAGGACCCCAGGGCGGUCGUCAGCGAAAACCGCCGUCGGCUGGCCAUCCAUGCGGGCUUUGACCCCAAGAAAUUCCACCUCAUAAAAACAAACCACGCUAGCGACGUGUGGAUCCUGGGGAGGCCGGCGCCCAAGACCUACGAUGGGAUCGUGACCAACCAGGAGGGCGUGGUCAUCGCCGCCUCGGGGGCUGACUGCAUGCCCCUGCUCUUUACUGACCCCGUGUCAAAGGUCAUCGGUGUGGCCCAUGCAGGGUGGAGAGGAACCUUAAUGGGGAUUGCCAUGGCAACGGUCAGCACCAUGGUGAAAGAGUUUGGCAGCCAGGUGACCGAUAUCGUCGCUGUGAUUGGCCCGUCCGUCGGACCCUGCUGCUUCUCAUUGGAGAAGGAUUCGGCCGAACACUUUCACACAAUCCACCCGUCCUGCGUCAUAGAUCGAGGGUCAGCGAAGCCAUACGUGGACAUCAGACGGGCCACCAGGAUUUUACUGCAGCAAGGUGGAGUCCUCCCACAGCACAUCCAGGACGACAGCGUGAGUGACAGGCCGAACCUCACCCUGUGCACCGCCUGUCACCCCGAAUCCUUCUUCUCCCAUGUCCGCGACGGCAGCAACUUCGGCACACAGAUCGGCUUCCUGUGGAUAAAGGAGCCCCAUGAGGGUCCUCUGUAAAGACGAACCACGUCCCCACUGGACUUCAGACAACGUCACCGGCCAAACACUGUCAGAAUGUGAUGCCAUUGAGCCACAGUUUCAGAUAUUUAAAAACAAUCUAAACACUCUUUUCACUUUGACUGUGCUAGAGGAGCCUUUUUAACCAUUAGAGUGGAGAUUAUAUUUACUUGAAUAUACAGAUUACAGGUACACCGCCUUCAUCGUGGUGAAGGUACAUGACUGGGACCCACAAGGUUGGUGGUUCAAUCCCCAGUGUGGCUGCGAUAUGAUCCACACAGCUGUUGGCACCUUGAGCAAGGCCCUCAACCCCACAUUCUCAUGGAUAAAAGCGUCAGCGAAAUAAUAAUUCUCGGGUAAUGCUCAUGUACCCAUGAGAAAGAUAAUUAACCUGAAAUUGCUUCAGUAAACAGUUUAUCCAGCUCUAUUAUAUGGAUAAGAGCAUCAUGGCAGUGUGGUAGUAAUGUAUGGUAAUGCAGUGCACAGUGGGCCACCUUAAAAGGCAGGGUGAAUGGAGGUGUUUGAGUACCUGUGAAACGGGAGGGAAGAACAGGGUGCGUUUCAGUGACAGUUAUAUGGUAGGCAGCCGUGAAGUCGAGGCGAGGGCACACAACCCUCAAUCUGACCUGAGCUCCACCGUGCUCAUUCUGGAUGUGGGACGGGGCACAUUUAAAGGGGCUGGUUUGGGUACUUGCAGUUCUGAGACAUUGGGAGAGGCGUCAGGAUGCUAAAGUGGUCUAAAGCAGCUCUGUGAUCCUGCAUUGGUUACUGUGUAGUUGAUUACAAUACAGCCAAUCAAGAGUGCUGAUCAACAGUCAGUCAGUUGCUAUUGUACAGAUGCUAUUCAUAAAUGGUAAAUGUCUGCAUUUAUAUACCACCUUUAUCCAAAGUGUUGUACAGUUGAUGCUUCCCAUUCACUCACACUCACACACCAGUGGCGAUUGGCUGCCAUGCAGGAUUUUGGGGUUAGGCGUCUUGCUCAGGGACACUUCAACACACCCAGGGCGGCAUUGAACCGGCAGCAACCCUCCGACUGUCAGACGACUGCUCUUACCUUCUGAGCUGAUGACGCCCCUACAUUCAUAUUGAUGAAUGUAUUCAGGUCUGCUCAUGCUGUCUAUGUUUGGUGAGAUGUGUAUAUAUAAUGGCAAUAAAUCAUGUUUUAAUCACUCUUAA